CAGGUGAAAAUUUGGUUUCAGAAUAAAAGAUCCAAGAUCAAGAAGAUCAUGAAGAACGGGGAGAUGCCCCCGGAGCACAGUCCCAGCUCCAGCGACCCCAUGGCCUGCAACUCUCCACAGUCGCCAGCGGUUUGGGAACCUCAGGGCUCAUCCCGCUCCCUCAGCCACCAUGCCCAUGCACAUGCUCACCCUCCAAACUCCAACCCGUCCCCCGCAUCCAGCUACCUGGAGAGCUCCACUUCCUGGUACCCCGCUGCCAGCUCCAUCAACUCCCACCUCCAGCCCCACGGCUCCUUACAGCACCCGUUAGCACUGGCCUCUGGGACAAUUUAUUAGAGUCUGACCCUUAUUAUUUUAUUAAUAUUUUUUGUUGUUGUUGUUCCUUGGACUCCUGUGUUUUACUGUUAAGGAAUAAUAACGAAAGGAAUGCAUAUGGGGUAUUUUUAAAAGGGAAAAGAAACAAAAAGAUUAAAAUGUGUAAAGCUUGUGCAUGUAACUUAUUGCAUUUCAAAGGAAACCCUUUUUUAUACAACACGGACAUUUUUUGGCUCAGCUGUGGACACUAUCAAUGGUGCCUUGAAAUCUAUGACCUCAACUUUUCCAGAGACUUUUUUUCAAUGUUAUUUUAACCCUGUAAAUAAUUGUAGAUAGAGGAAUUAAACUGUAUAUUCUGAAUAAAAUAAAAUUAUUUCGACCA